AUGCGAACAACCACCACCGAACACACUGCUGCACACACGCGCCGCACCGCCGUUCGCAUGCGCCACACCGCCGCACACACCAAAAGCUGCACCACCAUGCUCAAACACAAGACUGGAAGAUUUGGGAGGGAAGCAGUGGACAAUGAAGGUAACAACGCUCUACACUUGGUUACGCUUUUGCCCCCUGAAUUCAAAUCAUUCUCAGGUUUAAGUGCAAGAAUUCAAAUGUACAUAGAACUCUAUUGGUUCAAGGAUGCAGAGAGAGCAACUCCUCCUGGAUUAAAGAGUAUGAAAAACAAGAAGGGAAAGACACCAACAGAUGUAUUUUUUGAUGAACAUAAACAGUUAUCCAAAGAUAUCAAAGAAUCUGCUAAAGAAAUAGCAGAUUCUGGGAUGGUUGUGGCAACGCUUGUUGCUACUGUAGCAUUUGCAACUGCUCUCACUGUUCCAGAAUCUGAAUUUGUUAUAUCACUACAUCCCAGCUUGACUUUUGGCCCUGAGUUACUAAUAAUCUUCGUUGCUACUAUGGUUGUGGCUUUCGUUGCAGCAUCCUUUCUGAUAUUUGAUCACACAACAAAAUGGGUUUCUUAUGUAGUGAUUCCAAUGGGGGUUUUCCCAUUGCUUGUGUUUAUUCUCUUCCAAUCUAAGUUCUGCGACGACUCCUAUUGGUCCAAAUACUAUCGUCCCGAUCCCAAACUUAGCAGCGAAACUUAA